CUUUGCCCUCGGCGCCGCACUUCAGGAAAAUUGACGAAAUAUCCUGACAGUUCAUUACCCGAGGGAAUUUCUCAGUGCGCUCGUGUGCUCGACUCGUCCUUCUCAUUCCGUAACACGAUCGAGACGGAGCCGAGAGUCUGGAGUCUAUCGCCACGAAGCAACAUGACAACAUCUAGACGUCUGGUUCUCCUGUUUCUCCUCUAUUUUACGGCAAUUGAAGCCACGUCUUUCCAGGAUGGCGACGAGGUCAUACUUUACGUCAACAAAGUGGGGCCCUACUUCAACCCCCAUGAAACCUAUCACUACUACCAACUACCCGUCUGUCGACCCAAGAUAAUUGAGCACAAGAGCCUGACCCUUGGCGAAGUCCUGGAUGGAGACCGCAUGGCCAAGUCUGACAUAAGGAUCAAGUUCAAAGAGAACAUGCAAAACCGAAAGCUGUGUGACCUGGUGUUAUCGGAGGAGGAGGUGCAAUACCUCCGGGAGGCCAUCGAAGAGCACUACUACUACGAAUUUGUGGUCGACGAUAUCCCAGUGCGAGACUUCAUUGGUCAUCUGGAGGAAUCGGGCUUUGUCCCCCACACCCACAAAGUAUACCUGUGGACACACCAGCAUUUCAAUAUUUACUAUAAUGAUAACAAGAUCAUCUAUGUAAAUGCAACGAAGGAGCAUGCCCCUAUUUCCCUGGAUGAUGUAGAACCACCACUCAACAUACAGCCUACAUAUUCUGUAACUUGGAUUCCUACAAAAAUUGCAUAUGCUGAUCGAGGGCGUCUUGUUCAGGACAACAGCUUCUUCCCACGCAGUCUAGAGAUCCACUGGCUUUCCAUCAUCAACUCUAUGGUGCUUGUGUUUCUCCUCAUAGGCUUUGUGGUUAUUAUCUUGACCCGAGUGUUACGGAAUGACUUCGCACGCUACAACAUUGACGAAGAGGGCCGGGAAGACAUAGACAGUGAUGAGUACGGUUGGAAAAUCAUCCACACUGAUGUCUUCCGGUUCCCACAGCAUAAGAGCCUGUUUUCAUCCAUUCUUGGUGUUGGAUGUCAGUUCCUGGCAGUGGCAGUGGGGAUCAUCGGUAUGGCUCUGCUGGGCAUGUUCAACGUCCACCGACAUGGCUCUAUGAACAGUGCAGCUAUCUUCCUGUAUGCCCUGGCAUCAGUCAUCGCAGGAUACGUUUCCUCAUGCAACUUCAGAAUGAUGGGGGGCACCAAGUGGGUGUCCAACAUCAAUUUGACAACAGUGCUCUUUGCAGGUCCGUUCUUUUUGAUCUGGAGCAUUCAGAAUACAGUUGCUUGGGCCUACCACUCCACCCAAGCCCUCCCCUUCACUACCAUCAUCCUCUUGCUGCUUAUGUGGAUCUUCGUGGGCUACCCACUCACCAUUUUUGGAGGAAUCCUGGGAAAGAACGGCCACAAUGAGUACAAUUUCCCCUGCCGGACGAAGAACAUUGCACGGGAGAUACCUUCAGGUCCCUGGUACCGAUCCUCCUGGGCACACUGUGCUGUUGGCGGCUUCCUGCCAUUCAGUGCCAUUAGCGUGGAAAUGUACUACAUCUUCUCGACACUUUGGGGCCGUGAGCAGUACACCUUGUAUGGGAUCCUUGGCGUGGUAUUCAUCAUCCUCCUGAGUGUAACUGCCUGUGUGUCCGUGGCUCUCACCUACUUCCAGUUGGCUGCUGAGGACUACAGGUGGUGGUGGAGAUCCAUCUUCAGUGCUGGAUCUACUGGUGGCUUCGUCCUGAUGUAUUGUGUGUUCUACUACCUAAAGCGCUCAAAUAUGUCAGGUGGCUUGCAGACCAUAGAGUUUGUGGGCUGGUCGAUUCUUACCUGUUAUGUAUUUUUCCUUACCCUUGGUACGGUCUCUUUUCUUGCCUCCCUCACUUUUGUCAAGUACAUUUACCGUAACAUCAAGAUGGAUUAAGAUGGGUUUUAUUUCAAUCCAUAUUCUCUCUUUGUGUUAAAUGAUGUAGACACUCAUUGAGGGAAAAGAUUGGUAUAUUAGGAAAAGAGAGAGAGUCUUAUUCAAGAGGAAUGCAAGUAGCUUGUUAGCCAAUACCAUAGGAAUGAACACGGUGUAUUGUGGGUCAGACUGAUGCGAAUGUGAAUUCGAUCUUUAGAUUUAAGGUGAAGUAGAGAUCAGAGGAAGUAGCAUUACAGCAGAUUGUAUUUAUUACCAGAUUUUGCUCAGUAAAGAGGCAUUGAUGCUAUUUUUAUGAGGAAGACAUAAUUGAGGUUUCCUUAAGUACAAGGAGUACGUGCUGCUCUGUAGAAGGAAACUCCCCCCUCACUUCAAGGCUUGUGAAUUAUAAAGUUUAGUUAGGCUGACUGCAUUCAUGUGCCUGGUGAGGCUAUGGGAACCAAAGGACUUCUGGAUGAUACUUAUUUAUUAUCAUUUCUUUUCAUCCAGUCCUUCCUUUGUAAUUUUUUUUUUUCUUCUUACUCUCCUUUAAGAAAAGGAAGCUCUUGUGCACAGCAGUGAGAGAGAGAGGGAGAUUGUCCCUCUCUCUCUCAGUGCCAAUCUUUCUACCUGGGAAUUUGGAUAAUGCUGAAUGCUUGCUGAAGGACCAAGUGCUAAGCCUAGUGCCUUAUAACACUUCUAGGGGUCUGAACAGUAACAAUUCUCAAACUGUUAGUUGACUGACGAUGACAAGAAAAAUGCUUGGAUGCUGCCCCCUUUCCAUCAGGGUCCUUUGUAUCAGAUUGAUACAUUAGUUUGGACUGCAAGAGGAGGUUUUAUAUCUUUUUAACUGUCUGAAUGUCUGUGUGUCUGUCUCUGUCUUGCUCUUGUCAGUCUACCUCUAUGUUAGGCUGUGUUAUCUAAAUGUGAGGGCCGUAUCUUCUAGGCGUAGACAGAAUAUGACAUAGGAGUUUAAGUAGUUAGGGUAAUAGAAAAUGUCAAUUCAGUUUUUGCCAAAGACACAAAACACCACAUGCACAUUUCUGAAAAGGUAUUGGACGCUUUGAAACAUUAGAGUACCAGUGUGUGUCAUAUCCCUUCAUCCCUUUUAUUUUUUUCUUAAAAUGGAUUUAGAUCUUAUGGAUAAAGAUUGUAUUAGACUUCACAUUAUGUGUAUAUGUAGCUAUUUUAAACUAAAGUCUAUACUAAGCAUGUAUCUGAUUGGUAGGAAGGCAGAGUGUGUGGCAUAGUAAUAUUUUUUCCAUAAAUAGUCCUGUAUACUGGCCAGUUACCAAAACUUACAUUGUUGUUUGAUACAGAAAACAUUGCAUUAACAAAGUCUACUAUGCCUGUUGUGUUGUACAAAGCAGUUAGCAGUUAAAUAGAGAAUAGAAAAUGAUUAUUAAUGAAUAGGAAUCUCUGAUUUAGUUAUUUUAUGCUAUUCAUUAAACACAUAAGUAUUCACCAGGUAAUUUACAUCACAAGGGUGAUAGAACAAUUUUUUUAUUUAAAGAGCAUUAGUAUAUGUCUCCACCAACUUUUGUACAAAUCAAAAUAUUUUUUGUAUUUGUCCGGGAAAGAUAUUUUGUUGAAUAAUAGGAAUUAAGAAUGAUGGUGAAAACAAAGGACAUCUGAAUUGUGUUGGGUAAAAAUCCCUUUUUCUCUAAUUCUAUUUGUUAUUGUAAUCAUCAGUGUUAUUGCAGUUAUGAUCAUCACUUCCAUUUUUACUUUAUGUUUUCUUUGUUUUUUCCCCUCUAAUCUGUCUCUACUUCUAUCAACUGAGCAGAAUUUAAUCAUAGUCUGUUCUGUUUCUCUGUAAAGGAUUUUUGAAAUUUAGUGUCUUAUCAGGUUGUAAACAUUCAUCACUCCCCACGCUCUUACCCAUAAACCUCCCCCCCCAGCCAUUACAAUACCCUUAAACUCUCUCUCUCUCUCUCUCUCUCUCUCUCUCUCUCUCUCUCUCUCUCUCUCUCUCUCUCUCUCUCUCUCUCUCUCUCUCUCUCUCUCUCUCUCUCUCUCUCUUUCUCUCUCUCUCUUUCUCUCUCUCUCUUUCUCUCUCUUUCUCUCUCUCUCUAUUUUCUCUCUCUCUUUUCUCUCUCUCUCUAUUUUCUCUCUCUCUUUUCUCUAUCUUGCACAGUCACUUUCACGCUUACCCUUAUCCUCCCCUCCCCUUUUCUCUCUCUUUCAAAAGAUUACCAUUAUAUGUUAUAUAGGUUGAUAUGCUUCUUCAACAGUUUGUUUCAAUGUUAGGUUGCAGUUGUUGUGUAAUGACUCAGUUGUAAAAAGAGACAUAUUGCUCAUGUGUCCUUUACAAGUACAGAAUGAAAGGAACUUUUGCUUGUGUGUGUGCACUAGCUUAUGAGAAUAUUUCUGAACUAAUAGAUAUAUCUUAUAUUUAGUAAUAUUACUAAAAGGAAAAAGUUUGGCAUGUGUGACAUAUGUGUAUAUGGGGUACAAGAUGUAUUAAUAAUCUUAUCUAUUUGCAAAUAUUUUUCUUCUUUUUUUUUUUUUUUUUUAGUUAAGGAAAUUGAAUGCUUUAUUUAAGAGGCUUCUCUGGCACUUUAAAUCCUGACAUAAUUAUCAAAAUUAUUGUCUAUAAAUCAUGUUUAAAGUGAUCUUUAUUCAAUCAUUCUAAAGUGUGUGCAAAUUGAUAAUGAUAGAAAGGCCUGUUACUAUAAUGCUUUUUCUUUUGAUUUUAAGAUAUUUGUGUAUUUUGUUGAUUGUUGUUUUCAGAUUUUAUGAUACAUGUAUUUUAGGAGGGAAAUAGUCACAUCUUGAGUAAUGAUUUAGAAAAAAAAAAGCAGAUUUACAUGAACUGUUGAAAUUAGUGAAGAAAUAUCCCAGUUAUUAUACUGUAGAAAGAUAUUUUAUGAUUUGUAAACAGUAUGUGACUGAAAUUUCUGCUGAAAAUUAUCACAUCUAGUGAAAAUAUGAAUUCAGUUUUGUUUAUCUGCUCUGAAAGAAACUAAGAAUUAACAGUAGUGGAAGGUAUAGCUAAUUCGCUCCCUCUUUUUAAAAUAAAAGAUUAGGAAAGAGGAUGCCAUUUUAAGUUUUGUAUAAUUUCUUAUUAGGUUGUGGGCAUUAUCCUGCAUAAUUCGAUAUCAUUCUUUAAGUUCACUUUGUUGUUCGCAGUGUUUGGAUGUUCUCUUUGAGGUGCAUCAGUCAAAGUUUCUUUCUGUCUCUUUCCUUAUCAUUGUUAUUCAUUCACAUUAAAUAGAAUUCAUCAUCAUCAUCAAGGGGCUAAUGUCAACGGGGGCACAUGGCUGUAUCCACCCUUCACUUCCAGCCACGAGGGUUCCUCAUGGCGAGUCUCCAGGUCGCGACAGGUCUCAUUGAGCUGCCCAAGCCAUGACCUCCUAGGUUGUCCCACGGACCUCCUCCACCCAGGAUUUUUGUCUCACAGAGAGAGAACCUGAUGGACAAGGUCAUCCACAGGGAAACAAGCUAGAUGCCCAUAUAGCCUGAGUUGGUGAUCCCAGAUUAUGCAAGUAACAGGGUCCCAUGCCAGUGUAGCCAUCAGUUGGAUGCAUGGUCCUGCCAAGUGUACCUCAUGAUCUGAUAGGGUAGCCACUAUCAGCCUAUGGUCAGUGCCACAGAACUCGGCACUCUGGUAAACCUGCAAUUCUGAAGGAUCCUCCAUCGAGUGCUAACGAUAAUGUGGUCGAUCUCCUUGGCCACAGUACCCAUAUCGCUAUACCAUGUCCAGUGAUGUGGGUUGGAGUGCUGAUACCAGGAGCUAGAAAUCCUCAGUCUCUGGAACCUAGCAAAGGGCCGACAGACGUCUCUUAGCCAGCUUGAUCACAUUAAAGUCACCAAGAACAAUGCAAAUAUCUCGCCGGGGACAAUUGUCUGCCACAGAUGUGGAGUACAUAGGAAUAUGAGACAUGAAGCUAAAAGCAUGCUUCAGUCUCAAUGCCAUAAUAAGCUCAUCAACCAGUGUUACCUCAGCUACCGAGGGUUGAAGUCAGCUGGAGAUGGCUAUGGCUAUUCCCUGGAGCCACCUCAACUCCCAACCACUCCUUUUCCCUCGAUAGCAGAGGUAACCGCACGUCCUGCCGCAAGGACUGGAUAGCUCGCCUGAGGUUAAGCCUCGGGCGGUCACUCAAGGUGGACACCAUCUCUGCCACCCUGUCGAUGUUGCCUCAAAUAAAGAGGGUUGGUAGGCUGUGGGGCCCAGUGCCUGCCUGUGGGGUUCUCUUGGGCUUUGCCCCACAGGCCUUGUGCUGGGUUGGCGCCUGCCAGGGCGCAGGUGGGAUGAAUAACUCUCGUUCAAUCCUGCACCCAACAUUUGCCCUCCCAAUGGACCCACAGUCCACCUUGCUUGCUGGGUGGGAGGGACAAUACCCCUCCCCUCAGCACAUGCUUUUAUUGUAGGUGCUGCCAGUGAGUUAUCUGAGGGGAGGAGGGCUGGCAAGGUCCAUCUCCACUGAGCCGCCCAUUAACCCCAGGGUGGCUGAGGGGCAGGAGUUGGUAUGGAGCCAAGGCAUGUCCACCCACUGGUGGGCCAUGACUCUGUAUCUCUAGGGCCUACUACUGCUCCGAGAUGCCCCAAUAUUCAGUUUCCAUGGCUGGCCAUGAGGGUGCACUGCAGAAGUCUUGACGACAGAGAGGCUAUGAACUGGCAGGGGAGUCUAAUGCAGAGCUGCUCCCUUUUUUGCACUAGGCUAGCCAGCAGUGGCAGCUGCAAGCAAGAAGGCAUGCAAGCACUUAACACUAUCUAGGCUACCAUGCCAUCACUUCACAUCACCCUGAGCAUGAAGCACCCACCCAUAAGUAGCAUUGCCUUCCACAUUACUGGAGUUCUUUGUAAAUCAGGGGAAUUAGCAGUUGUACACAAUAUAGUGUGUUGUGAAACAGUAUUAGGAUAUUUUGAGUGAUGUGUUGUGAUUUACAAUGUAACUUAUUUUAAAUUGAGUGACUGUUAUUUAUUUCUGGCUGGCAUGCCUCAGAUGGCACAAAGUUUUGUAAUUUUCCUGUGUACAUAUAUAGCUGUCUCUCCCAUUUUAUUGUGAAUCUCUAAUGUAAUAAUGAAGACCACCAUUUGCAUUUAUUACUGUAUUUCUUUUUUCUUUAGUUUGGAGUCAGAAUGAUAUAUAUUAUAAAUUAUAUAAUUGUAUGAUAUCUUUCAUGAUAGAGUUGCAUGCACAGAUCUCUUCGCUAGCUUGUGAUGGACACUGACUUACAUUGUUGUGGUUUAAGGGCAGCAGUUAAGGAGGUUGUGCUUACUGUGUUGUGUCUCCCUCUUUAUUCCAGUGGUGAAAUGGUACAACAUAGAUUGUGGAGAAAAAGAAAAAAGAAAAAAAUGGUUUAUUAGUAGGAAGAAGAAAAUUGUAUGAGUAUUAGAUGAGAAACACAAGUUGUUGUGUUGUCACUGCAGAUCUUGAGUGGAAUUUCAGUUUCAAGGUGAAAAAAUGUUGAAGGAUUUGAAAGCCUCGCGAAAUUAGAUCUGUCAAGUCAAAUAUUUUCAUGUCAGAGGCUAUCAAAGGAGUCUCGCACUUAUGAUAUUGUGCUUCUACUAUAUAAGGAAAUUGCCUGUAAGAAUUGAGAGACUCACAGACUGUAAUGUCUGAAGUCCUUGGUUGCUGGUGAAGACUUGUUUAGGGAACGUUUGUUGUACAUUCCAAGGGCAUUCUGGUGCAUUUCUCAUUGGAUCAUUUGGUGGUUUGAUUUUUCUUGUGUUUUCUUGUAUGUUGCUUUUCCAUAGUGUAGAUUCUUCUAGUGUUUUAUGAUAUUAGCUCAAGAGGUGCAGAAGUGGUUUAGUUUUCAUUCCCAAAUAGAAUAGUUUAGAUUAUGCUUAUAGAUAUGUAUAUACAUAUAUAUCAUUGUUUAACAUGUGGUCCAAUACCAAGAAAGUUUUAGUUUUAAAUGAGUGAAAUGGCACAUAUUACCUAACUCAUUUUCUUUGGUGAACAAGAAGUAAUUCUGAGGAUAGUCACUUUCAUUGCUUUCUAAUCCAGCAACUAUUUGUUCCUGGAAACUAUUAGGUGAAAUAAUUCUUGUGUUUCUGUACUGAGAGUUAAGCUGUGAUUUUUUUAUCCUGUGAGAUUUAGUUACAGUUUCUAGAUAAGGUCAUAGGUAGAUAUUUAUAUAUUUACUAAAGUAACUGCAUUUGUCAUACAAAUGAAGUUCCCUUAAACAUAAAUUUAGCCUGUACAAGCUCAGUCAGACUUCAGAUAGUUUCAAACAUCUUCACACAAGAUGCUAAAAUGACCCAAACUGUCGAUGUGUUAGAGGAUCUUUACGAAAUAGUGGGAUGCCGGGCAAACCAGUUUUGGCUGAGGAUAGCCAGUCCCAUCACUUUGUGUGUUUGUCAUUCAUUUUCACAUUUGAACCAUAUCAGAGUAAGAAGAACUUAGGGACUUUGAAGUUUUUAUUUCUUCUUUUUUUAUCUACAGGGGAGAGAUUAUAAAGUAUAUUGUUACGAUGAAUUUUCUGUUACUUGGGGAGUGGGGAAACCCCUUAACUGUAUUAUUUAAUGUAAUCUUGCAUCUUAUUUACUUUUUGGCAGAAUGUUUCGGAUGAUUCACCAUGAUUUUAUCAGAGGUUUUUGUCACUGUUAGAUCUAUUUUGUCUCCAUAGAAAUCCCUUUUGCAUGUCUUAGUCCUGAAAAAAUACAGUCAAGGGGUUAACACAAAUUAUUUGCAUAAAUAAAUGGUUGUAGAUAAAUGGUAA